CUGACGUCUCAUUCAUCUGAGGAGGUUAUCGUCAACAACUAAGAGGGGUCUUGUACUGAAGAAAGCUGAGAGGUGGCAGUAGUCAGUGCGAGCAGUGUCAACACUCUCGCUGCGCUACUAACCGCCUUCUUCCUCGGCGUGUUUUUCUGUUUUGUCCCCGCUGUGUCGGCUAUCUCAAAUUGUAAAUAUUAGCUAGCUAAGGCUAGUUUGCUAACCGCUAAAAUGGCCACCAUGGAGAAACUGAUGAAGGCCUUCGAGUCUCUCAAAUCAUUCCAGCAACAACAGGGACCACCGACGGCCGAAGAGCUCGUCCAAAAACAGAAAAAGGAACAGACUACCACAAAGAAGGACCGAGUUACCCAUUGUUUGACCAUAUGUGAAAACAUCGUGGCCCAGUCACUGAGAACAUCUCCAGAGUUCCAGAAGCUGCUGGGCAUUGCCAUGGAAAUGUUUCUGCUCUGCAGUGAUGACAGUGAAUCCGAUGUACGGAUGGUGGCUGAUGAGUGCCUGAACAAAAUCAUUAAAGCACUGAUGGACUCAAACCUGCCCAGACUGCAGCUAGAGCUAUACAAGGAGAUUAAAAAGAAUGGUGCCUCCCGGAGUCUAAGGGCAGCUCUCUGGAGGUUUGCCGAGCUUGCCCACCUCAUCAGGCCACAGAAAUGCAGACCCUACCUGGUCAACUUAUUACCAUGCCUGACCAGAAUCACUAAGCGACAGGAGGAGACUGUUCAGGAGACACUAGGUUCAGCCAUGCCCAAGAUAAUGGCUGCCCUUGGAAAUUUUGCUAAUGAUGGCGAGAUCAAGGUGCUGUUGAAGUCCUUUGUAGCCAAUCUGAAGUCCAGUUCUCCCACCAUCAGACGGACAGCUGCCAGCUCUGCUGUCAGUGUGUGUCAGCACUCGAGACGCGCAAGCUACUUCUACACAUGGCUGCUCAAUGUGUUGCUGAGUCUCUUGGUACCAGUGGAUGAGGAGCAUCCCAGCCAUCUAAUCCUGGGAGUCCUGUUAACUCUGCGCUACCUAAUGCCUCUUCUGCAGCAGCAGGUCAACACCACUAGCCUCAAAGGUAGCUUUGGAGUUAUGAGGAAAGAGGCAGAUGUACAGCCCACACCUGAACAACUACUUCAGGUGUAUGAGCUGACCCUCCACUACACCCAGCACCGAGAUCACAACGUGGUUACAGCCGCUCUGGAACUCCUACAACAAGUGUUCAGAACUCCACCCCCGGAACUUCUACACAUGCUUAUUAAUGUGGGCAGCAUUCCUCAUGCUACCGUGUUCCGCCAGGAUACAGAGAGACGUGCCCGCUCCGGAAGCAUCCUUGAGCUAAUUGGUAAGAUGCUGUCUGGGGAGGAGGAUGGCCUGGAGGAUGACCCUGAGAGGGCAGAGGUCAGCACUGGUGCCUUCACAGCGUCAGUGGUGGGGACAGACAGUUCUUCCACAGUCCAAGUGGAUAUCAUCACAGAGCAGCCACGUUCCUCCCAGCAUACUCUGCAGCCAGGUGACUCGGUGGAUCUCAGUGCCUCCUCAGAGCAAGGCGGGGGCGGGACGUCUGCAUCUGACACCCCAGAGUCGCCCAAUGACAACGAGGAAGAGAUGUUGAGUCGGAGUUCUAGUGGUGGAGCCAACGUAACCCCAGAGACAGCAGACUACACCACGCCGGAGAACGCCACGCCAGAUGGAGGGCCUCUAGGACCUGCUGGGAUGCUACUAGGCACUAAUGAUCGCUCUCUCCCCCCCAGCGAUUCCUCGCAAACCACCACAGAGGGACCAGACUCAGCUGUCACCCCCUCAGAUGUUGCAGAGCUGGUGCUGGAUGGUAGUGAAAGCCAGUACUCGGGGAUGCAGAUUGGAACACUGCAGGAUGAGGAAGAUGAUGGAUCAGCACCUUCCUCUCAUGAGGAACAACCAGAACCCUUCUCUCAGUCAGCAUUGGCUCUGAGCAAGCCUCAUCUUCUGGAGGGCCGAGGUCAUAAUAGGCAGGCCUCAGACAGCAGCAUGGACCGCUUCAUACCAAAGGAUGAACCACCUGAGCCUGAACCAGACAACAAGCCAUCAAGGAUAAAGGGUCCAAUUGGCCACUACACAGACCAGAGGGCUGAACCGCUGGUACACUGUGUGCGACUUCUUGCUUCUUCCUUUCUUCUGACAGGACAGAAGAACGGUCUGGUCCCCGAUAGGGAGGUGCGUGUGAGUGUGAAGGCCCUGGCGGUCAGUUGCAUUGGGGCUGCUGCAGCAUUGCACCCCGAUGCCUUCUUCAACUCCCUCUAUCUGGAGCCGCUGGACGGUAUUCCAGCAGAGGAGCAGCAGUAUAUCAGUGACGUUCUGGGCUUCAUUAACCAUGGAGACCCCCAGAUCAGGGGAGCCACCGCCAUCCUUUGUGGAGCAAUCAUGCAAGCAGCACUCACCAAAACACGCUACAACAUGCACAACUGGCUGGCCAGCGUGCAGAGUGCCACAGGUAAUCCUCUCUCCCCGGUGGACAUGGUGCCUUUGCUCCAGAAGACUUUGAAAGAUGAAUCCUCUGUCACUUGCAAGAUGGCGUGUUCUGCCGUCAGGCAUUGCAUCAUGACUGUGUGCCAAAGCAUCCUGAGUGAGCUGGGCCUGCAGCUGCUUAUUGACUUGUUGGCCUUGAAGGACUGCUCUUAUUGGUUGGUUAGGACUGAGCUAUUGGAGACCCUUGCAGAGAUGGACUUCCGGUUAGUGAAUUUCCUGGAAAGGAACACUGAAAGUUUGCACAGAGGAGAUCAUCACUACACUGGGCGUCUGCGUCUGCAGGAGAGGGUGCUUAAUGAUGUGGUCAUCCACUUGUUGGGAGACGAAGACCCCAGGGUGCGGCAUGUAGCAGCUUCUGCCGUCAGCAGGCUGGUACCCAGAUUGUUCUAUGACUGCGACCAAGGCCAAGCAGACCCAGUGGUGGCUAUCGCCAGAGACCAGAGCUCUGUUUACCUGCAGCUGCUGAUGCAUGAGACACAACCGCCCUCCCAGUUCACUGUCAGCACCAUCACAAGGACGUACCGAGGCUACAACUUGUGCCAUGGUGUGUCUGAUGUCACACUGGAGAACAACCUGUCCAGAGUCAUCACCAUUAUUUCCCACGCCCUCACCUCCUCUACCUCCCGAGCACUGACUUUUGGCUGUUGUGAGGCACUGUGCCUCCUUACUUCUACUUUCCCAGUGUGCAGCUGGAACACAGGAUGGCAUUGCGGCUAUGUCAGCUCUAGUGCCAGCCAUACUUCACGUUCCAGCUUCAACCGCAGCAGGGUCAGGGCCCUCAGUCUGUCUCAGCCCAGCAUUGCUCCUGCUCCCUCAGCCUCCUCCACCCCUGGGCCAGAUGCUGAGCGGAGGACUCUGACUGUAGGCAUGGCUAACAUGGUGCUCUCCCUGCUCUCCUCUGCCUGGUUCCCCCUGGACCUGUCUGCACACCAAGAUGCCCUGCUGCUGGCUGGCAACCUGCUUGCUGCGGCAGCUCCUAAGUGCUUGCGCAGCCCCUGGGUUGGAGAGGAGGAGGGAAGCAGUGGUAGCAGUAACACAAGUGGAGCCCAAAAUAAAGUGGAAGAGCCCUGGGCAGCUCUGUCGGAGCGCUCCUUGGUGGCCAUGGUAGAGCAGCUCUUCUCCCAUCUCCUCAAGAUCCUCAAUAUUUGUGCCCAUGUGCUGGACGAUACACCGCCCGGACCAGCUGUUAAGGCCACCCUGCCCUCGCUAGCCAACACACCCUCUCUCAGCCCCAUCCGCAGAAAAGGCAAAGAGAAGGAGGUGGCUGAACCUAGCACUACCCCCAUGAGCCCAAAGAAAAGCAGCGAGACAACCACAGGCAGGCCAACGGACAAUACUGGAUCCACAGUGGUCAGCAAGUCCACCACCCUUGGCAACUUCUACCACCUACCACCCUACCUCAAGCUCUAUGAUGUCCUCAAAGCUACACAUGCUAACUUCAAGGUGACAUUGGAUCUCCACAACAGCCAGGAGAAGUUUGGAGGUUUCCUGCGUGCUGCUCUAGACGUACUGUCUCAGCUCCUGGAGCUGGCUACACUACAUGACAUUGGCAAGUGCGUUGAGGAGAUCUUAGGCUACCUCAAGUCCUGCUUUUCCAGAGAGCCAACUAUGGCCACCGUCUGUGUACAACAGUUGUUGAAAACCCUGUUUGGCACUAACCUGGCAUCCCAAUAUGAGGGAGCCCUCAGUGGGCCCAGCCGCUCCCAGGGCAAGGCCCUCCGUCUGGGCUCAUCAAGCCUGCGACCGGGCCUCUACCAUUACUGCUUCAUGGCUCCCUACACGCACUUCACCCAGGCCCUCGCAGAUGCCAGCCUCCGCAACAUGGUGCAGGCGGAACAAGAGCAGGAUGCCUCUGGUUGGUUUGAUGUGAUGCAGAAAGUUUCCAACCAACUAAGGUCUAGCAUCACCAAUGUGACACGACACAGAGGGGACAAGAAUGCUAUCCACAACCACAUCCGUCUGUUUGAGCCACUAGUGAUCAAGGCUCUGAAGCAGUAUACCACCAGCACCUCUGUGGCCCUUCAGAGACAGGUCCUGGAUCUGCUAGCCCAGCUAGUACAGCUCCGGGUCAACUACUGCCUGCUGGACUCGGAUCAGGUGUUUAUUGGCUUUGUUCUAAAGCAGUUUGAGUACAUCGAAGUGGGCCAAUUCAGGGAUUCAGAGGCUAUUGUUCCCAAUAUCUUCUUCUUUCUUGUGCUGCUGUCCUAUGAGCGUUACCAUUCCAAGCAGAUCAUAAGCAUUCCCAAGAUCAUCCAGCUGUGUGACGGCAUCAUGGCCAGUGGCAGGAAAGCUGUCACACAUGCCAUCCCAGCCCUGCAGCCAAUCGUCCACGAUCUGUUUGUAUUGAGAGGCUCCAACAAGGCAGAUGCAGGAAAGGAGCUGGACACACAGAAAGAGGUGGUGGUCUCCAUGCUGCUGAGACUCAUACAGCACCACCAGGUGCUCGAGAUGUUCAUCCUGGUCUUGCAGCAGUGCCACAAGGAGAAUGAAGACAAGUGGAAGAGAUUAUCCCGACAGAUCGCUGACAUCAUACUGCCCAUGAUUGCCAAGCAGCAGAUGCACCUGGACUCCCCUGAGGCGUUGGGAGUCUUGAAUACUCUGUUUGAGACUGUGGCUCCCUCCUCACUCAGGCCUGUAGACAUGCUGCUCAAGAGCAUGUUUACUACCCCAGCCACCAUGGUGUCAGUAGCCACAGUCCAACUGUGGGUGUCGGGUAUCCUGGCCGUGCUCAGGGUUUUGAUUUCCCAGUCCACUGAAGACAUCGUCCUGUCUCGCGUCCACGAGCUCUCCCUCUCGCCUCAUUUCCUCUCCUGCCACACCAUCCACCAGCUCCAUCAGCAGAGCCCCUCCCCCCAUGACCCAUCCAUCGACUCCCUUGGUAGUCACGAGCCCAACGGCGAGGUGUCGAAAGCCUUGCCCGAGGAGACCUUAGCCAGGUUCCUGCUCCAGCUAGUUGGAGUGUUGCUGGAUGACAUUUCCUCUAGACAGGUUAAGGUUGAUAUGACUGAACAGCAGCACACUUUCUACUGCCAGCAGCUGGGUACACUGCUCAUGUGUCUCAUACACAUCUUCAAGAGUGGAAUGUUCCGUAGGAUCACAGCUGCAGCCAGCCGCCUCCUGAAGGGGGAGGCUGCUGGUAGCCAGGCCUCCCCAGAGGCUGGCUCUUUCUACCCUCUGGAGGGCCUCAAUGGCAUGGUGCAGGGCCUGACCACCACCCAUCCUUCCUUGGUGCUGCUCUGGUGCCAAGUCUUGCUCAUCAUCAAUUACACCAACUACUCCUGGUGGGCUGAGGUACACCAAACACCCAGGAGACACAGCCUGUCAUGCACUAAGCUGUUGAGCCCUCACUCCUCAGGGGAGGGUGAGGAGGAGAAGCCUGAGUCUGGAUUGGCCAUGGUCAACAGAGAGAUCGCACGCAGGGGGGCCCUCAUCCUCUUUUGCGAUUAUGUGUGUCAGAACCUCCAUGAUUCUGAGCAUCUGACCUGGCUCAUCGUCAAUCACGUGCGAGACCUAAUCAGCCUUUCCCAUGAGCCUCCGGUGCAGGACUUCAUCAGUGCUGUACACCGCAACUCUGCCGCCAGUGGCCUGUUCAUCCAGGCCAUCCAGUCCCGCUGUGACAACCUCACAACUCCUACCAUGUUGAAGAAGAGCCUGCAAUGUCUGGAAGGCAUCCACCUGAGUCAGUCUGGCUCCCUGCUGAUGCUGUAUGUGGACAAGUUGCUUAAUACACCCUUCAGGGUGCUGGCCCGCAUGGUGGACACACUGGCCUGCCGCCGGGUGGAGAUGCUGCUAGCAGAGACACUACAGAACAGUAUAGCCCAGCUGCCAGUGGAGGAACUGGACAGGAUCCAGGAGUACCUCCAGACCAGUGGCCUGGCUCAGAGGCAUCAGAGGUUCUACUCCCUGCUGGACAGGUUCCGAGCCACCGUUGCAGAAGGGACCAGUACUCCUGCCCCUCCCGUGACACCACACCCGCUGGAUGGCGAUCCACCUCCAGCCCCUGCGCUGGUCAUUGCUGAUAAGGAAUGGUAUGUGGCUCUGGUGAAGUCUCAGUGUUGUCUCCGUGGUGACGGGUCGCUCUUGGAGACAACUGAGCUCCUGACUAAACUACCUCCCUCAGACCUCUCCAGCAUCAUGAGCUGCAAAGAGUUCAACUUAAGUUUGCUUUGCCCAUGCCUGAGCAUGGGAGUGCAGCGUCUGACACGGGGUCAAGGGUCCUUGCUAUUGGAGACAGCGAUGCAUGUGACCAUGGACCAGCUUGCCGGGAUCAUGCAUUCACUGCCUGUCUCACAUCAGUCCUUCUUGCCGCCGUCCCAAUCCCAGCCAUACUGGGAUAAACUGGCCGACAUCUAUGGUGAGCCAGCUUUCUAUUCCAGGGUGCUGUCACUCUGCAGAGCUGUGGCCCAGUAUUUGCUGAGCUUAGGCCAGCUGCCAUCCUCGCUGCAUAUCCCCUUCGACAAGGAACACCUCAUCACCACGUUCACUUGCACUGCCACUGAGGUGGUAGUGUGGCGCCUGCUUCAGGACUCAGUGCCCCUCAGUGUGGACCUCCAGUGGGCCCUCUCCUGCCUCUGCUUGGCCUUGCAACAACCCUGCGUCUGGAACAAGCUCUCCACCCCUCAGUACACCACAUACACCUGCUCCCUCAUCCACUGUCUGCGCCUCAUCAUCGUCGCAGUGGCUGUGAGUCCUGGAGAUCAGCUUCUGCAUCCAGAGAGGAAGAGAGCUGAAGCACAGAGAGAAUCCGAGGGAGAUCAAGUGGACUCAACGCAGGCUGAUAACAUGUGUGAGCGGCGGGCAUGCGAGAUCAUGGCAGAGCUGGUGGAGGGCCUGCGGAGUGUCCUUGCAGUGGGUCACCAUAGCAACAGUGGAAUCCCUGCUUUCCUCACGCCGACACUGUGCAACAUUGUUAUCAGCCUGUCCCGACUCCCGCUGGUCAACAGCUAUACCCGAGUCCCUCCACUGGUUUGGAAGCUGGGUUGGUCCCCUCAGCCAGGAGGCGAGUUCGGCACAGCGCUGCCGGAGAUUCCUGUCGACUUCCUCCAGGAGAAAGAUGUCUUCAGAGAGUUCCUGUAUCGCAUCAACACGCUUGGCUGGAGCAGCAGGACUCAGUUUGAGGAGACCUGGGCCACUCUGUUGGGGGUGCUGGUCACCCAACCCAUUACGAUGGACCAGGAGGAGGAGACACAACAGGAGGAGGACUUGGAGCGUACCCAGUUGAAUGUGUUGGCAGUGCAGGCCAUCACCAGCCUGGUGCUGAGUGCCAUGACUCUGCCUGCUGCUGGCAACCCCGCAGUCAGCUGUCUGGAACAGCAACCUCGUAACAAGAGCCUCAAAGCCCUGGACACACGGUUCGGCAGGAAGUUGGCAGUGAUCAGGGGUGAGGUAGAGAGGGAGAUUCAGGCCCUGGUGUCCAAGAGGGAUAAUGUCCACACAUACCACCCAUACCACGCCUGGGACCCUGUACCCUCACUGUCAGCUCCCUCCGCUGGUACUCUGAUCAGCCAUGAGAAGCUGCUGCUUCAGAUCAACACGGAGAGAGAAAUGGGCAACAUGGACUACAAAUUGGGACAGGUAUCUAUCCAUUCGGUGUGGCUAGGUAACAACAUCACCCCUUUGAGGGAGGAAGAGUGGGGUGAGGAUGAGGAAGAUGAGACAGACAAUCCAGCCCCAAUCUCCCCACCUAUCUCACCUAUCAAUUCAAGGAAGCACCGUGCAGGUGUGGACAUCCAUUCAUGUUCCCAGUUCCUUUUGGAGCUUUACAGCCAGUGGUUGAUCCCUGGUUCUCCCAGCAACAGAAGGACCCCAGUGGUGCUCAUCAGUGAGGUGGUCCGAUCGCUGCUGGCAGUGUCGGACCUGUUCACUGAGAGGAACCAGUUUGACAUGAUGUUUUCCACCCUGAUGGAGCUACAGAAGCUCCAUCCCCCCGAGGAUGAGAUUCUCAACCAGUACCUGGUGCCUGCCAUCUGCAAGGCUGCUGCUGUGUUGGGCAUGGACAAAGCAAUAGCGGAGCCAGUGUGUCGUCUGUUGGAGACCACCCUGCGCAGCACUCAUUUGCCCAGCCGUAUGGGUGCUUUGCACGGGGUGUUGUACGUCUUGGAGUGUGACCUUCUUGAUGACACAGCCAAACAGCUAAUCCCCACCGUGUCAGAGUACCUGCUGUCCAACCUGAGGGCUAUCGCGCACUGUGUAAACCUCCACAACCAGCAGCAUGUCUUGGUGAUGUGUGCAGUGGCCUUCUACAUGAUGGAGAAUUACCCUCUGGAUGUAGGCACAGAGUUCACAGCUGCAAUUAUACAGAUGUGUGGUGUGAUGGUGUCAGCCAGCGAGGACUCUACGCCCUCUGUUAUUUACCACUGUGUGCUGCGGGGUCUGGAGCGCCUCCUGUUGUCAGAGCAGUUGUCUCGUUUGGAUGGAGAGGCCUUGGUCAAACUCAGUGUGGACCGGGUCAACAUGCCCUCACCACACAGAGCCAUGGCAGCACUGGGACUCAUGCUCACCUGCAUGUACACUGGCAAGGAGAAGGCCAGCCCCGCUGGUCGCCCCGCCCAUUCUGACCCCCAGGCUCCAGACAGUGAGUCAGUCAUUGUGGCCAUGGAGAGGGUCUCUGUGCUCUUCGACAGGAUCCGGAAGGGUUUGCCCAGUGAAGCACGGGUGGUGUCUAGGAUCCUGCCUCAAUUCCUGGAUGACUUCUUCCCGCCACAGGAUGUUAUGAACAAGGUCAUCGGGGAGUUCCUGUCCAAUCAGCAGCCUUACCCACAAUUCAUGGCCACUGUUGUCUACAAGGUUUUCCAGACACUCCACGCCACCGGCCAGUCAUCCAUGGUGCGUGACUGGGUGCUGUUGUCCUUGUCCAAUUUCACCCAGAGGACUCCAGUCGCCAUGGCCAUGUGGAGCCUCUCCUGCUUCUUUGUGUCAGCCUCCACUUCCCAGUGGAUCUCAGCCCUACUGCCACACGUGAUCAGCCGCAUGGGCCGUAGCGAUGUAGUGGACGUCAACCUUUUCUGCCUGGUGGCCAUGGACUUUUAUCGUCACCAGAUUGAUGAAGAGCUGGACCGCAGGGCUUUCCAGUCUGUCUUUGAGAUGGUGGCUUCGCCGGGCAGCCCCUACUUCCAGCUACUGAGCUGCUUACAGGCUAUCCACCAGGACACGUCAAUCUGACAGGAAAGGAUAGAGAGGUAGACAGAAUCAGAGAGAGGAGAGGAGAGGAAAAGUGGAUGAUGGAAAGAAAUGGCAUGUAGCACCUCUCCUCUUUGGGGUAAGAUGGCAAGACCAGAUUAUUCAGUCAAAAUCAUCUGCUGAAAUAUUUACCACUGCUUAAGACACCAUGUCAAACAUGGUAGUGAGCAUUAAAAAAAGUGACGGCUAUAAGAAUCCAUUUUAAUGUUUUAGGAUGUACAUUAGAGCAAGUCUGUAGAGAAAGAUGGAGUUGACUGUCUUGCAGCUCUGUGAAAUAUACUUGCUAAUCCUUCAAAGUGUGGUUUUGCUUAUGACUGCAUCUAAACCACAGACAACUCCUUGGGAUGGACGACAGCAGCCUGAACACUUCCCCCUACUUAGCACCUUGAUGAAGAUAGAAGAUAAUAUAAAUCAUAGACAGAAUCUGGAUUUGUAUAUUUUCCUGUGAGGACUUGCUUGAUUAUUGUGAUGUCAAUGAAGUUGAAUAGAGAAAAAAAUAUUAAGAAAAUGUGUACUAUAUUUAAAGUUCCAAUACAUCUAUAUUUUUCAGUGCAUUUUGUUACAGGUGGCAGAACGGAUAAUGUCAAAACUGAUAAGCUGGUGAACAUGGAUGUGGGGUAAAAAAUGGCUGCUUAAUGUUGUCAACAUCUAGUUAACCAUCUUUGAACCGUUUUUUUUCCCCUUAAAGUUGCUUUCAUUCACUUUACUUUUUUCUAACAACAGUAUAUCGGCGCAAAGAGGAAGUGGGAGAGGAGUAAAGAAGUUUUAUCUACUGUAUCUUUCAGAGAAGUGAUAAUAUGAGAGCCAUGGUAUUUUUCUUUUAUUUUUAUCACGUCAGUAAGAAACUCAAGCUACGAUUGUAUCCGUCACUGCAGACGGGUUAAUGAAUUUCCAGUCCCACCGAGCAUUUGUCCAGGACUCCU